AUGGUGGAAUCUAAAGACACUAAAACCAAAAUCAAGAAAUCCAAGACGACUAGCAAACCCAAGACCAAAAAGAGCCCCAAGAAAAACAAGAGCCCUAAGAAAAAGCUUCCACCGAGUCGAAAAAAUGAAAUUUGGGAAUCCCUGUCCGUGUCAGACGACCUGAGUGAAACGCCUCGGUCAAGUCCAACGGAAGUGGAUGAUGGGGAUUGGUCCGAGUCUUGCAGCAGUCAAGCAAACAAACCAGUACGACAGCAACCACAAGCAGCUAGGAGACAAUCCAACACGCGGAUUGACAUGAGCGGAAGCAUGCAUUCCAACGAUGAUGUUAAUUGGGACAACCUGGAUGAGGAUUCCAGUGUUGAAGAGGUUUUAUUUGAGGGCUAUUAUGGAUCCUCCUCACGUCUACCUGUCCUUCCCUUUCUCUCCGGAACCUCCUUGGAUGAAAGCAUGAUGGACAGUGUUGCGAAUGACGAUAAUAAUGGAAAGAAACCAGCUUCUGAAAUGUCCCUGAAAGAAUUGAAAGCCGAGCUCGUUUCCUUUGGCAUAUCACCUUCUAAUUUCCUAGAAAAAAUUGAAAUGGUCAAGGCUGUCAAGGAUGCCAGACAAGGGGAAGCAACAAACUCGAAUAACAACAAAAACAUAGCACCACCAAGAGCAGCACCAAGGAAACAAAACAGAAGUAGCACACAUACUGCGGCAUCCAACAACAUCAAUGGUGACAAUACUACCAGAAGCCGAAGUGUCAGCGUCGUGUCUCAUUAUUCUGAGGAUUUAAACAACAACAACAUCACAUCGUCGGGUCCAUUGGCAGCAAAGGGUAGAUUUGAGGAACAUGAAUCGGUGAUCUACACCAGCAGCAACGGAACUCAGGAAGUUGCGACUAUCCUAAAGAUUCAUUUGGACGACUAUCUUGUGCCCUUUUACGACAUUCUGUUGGUAAGUAGUCGUAAAGAGAAGCAGACUGAUGACGCCCAUCUGUCUGAAGUGCCAGCAGCAAAUCACCAAGAUAGUGGUCCCAUUCCUGAUGCCAUUGCCUUCACCUUUGAUGAUGAUGAGGAAGAACAAGUCGUACAACCACCAGAACAAGUUGACUUGUCCAUGCGAUCCCAAACUUGGGACGGUAUGGACGACAAUGAGUACUACGAGGAGAUUUCACAUCAUUCCUCACCGCAUAGAAGAUCGAUUGGCAAUUCAUAUCGAUCUGCUGCAGCAGAGAACAACAACUCGACAAGGUCUCGUGGUCGUUCGAUUGGCAACCUAGCAGACAAUAACAUUUCUAGCAGAGGACAUCGUCAUUCCAUCGGCGCAUCCACGCCCAGCAGUAUGAAACAACGAAACAACUAUUCACAAUCACCGCAUCAAAACCGAGCGAGAGUAUCCAAAAACAGCAUGUUUUCGCCUCGUCGCGGCAGUAACAAUAUGUCGCCCAACAACAGCAGCAGGCAACCAGCACUUCGCAGCAGCAACAAUGUGUCCCCCUCCCGAACUCCUAUCUCUUCUCGACGGAGUUGCAACAAUGGACCAUCACCGACACCACGCGGUCGACGCACCAACAGUAUUAACACGGAUAAUGUCUCACCAACACGUCGACGCACCAGUGCCAACACAGGUACCUCGCCCACACGUCCAGCAUCGUGCCGACGAAGGGAUUCUACCGACAGCUAUAUACCACCAUCUCGCCCUGGAUCAACAAGGGCAUCCAGAACAACCAUCACAGGCAAUUCGCCAACCCGUCCAGCAUCCUGUCGACGCCGGGAUUCGACAGACAGCAGCAACAUUCCACCUCGCCCUGCUACGACACGGUCCUCCACUGGUGGUGGACGUCCAACCACUUCGGUGCGAUCAACGUCACCCAUUCCUCCCAAAAGGCCGGUAUCGAUGCGGCACCACAGUGCUCCCAUAUCACCCGUUCGGAAUGCCAAUCUUAGCAUGAAUAAUAUGUCGCCCAAGAGACCUACUUGUUCCACCACACAUCGCAACAAGUCCGAUCUGUCUCCCAAAAGGCCCAAAUCGGUUCGAAGUCCUGCUGCUCCACGUUCCCAAUCCUAUGGUCACUCGGCCAAAUUGUUAAAGAAGCGAAUGUCAUCCUAA